AUGGCGGAACGCGUCCCUCUUGGCUCAGGCGCUAAUCAAAACCGAGUUUUCAUUGACCUGACCGGUGACACUGAGCCAGACGACUCUACGACAAAGAAUUUGGUUCAAGCGAAACUGCCAUUUGUGACUGCUUUAGCGUAUCGUUCUCCAACGGUUCCGCUCAAAAGAAAGAGCUUAGACCCAUCCACGUCUGAGGAUCUCUCAGACUCUACGUCAAGUGAUGUACCUCACAAAUUUGCCCGGCGUAAGCGGCUAUCGCAUGCGCAUCCAGAUGCGGAGCCAUUCACACCUAGCCCUCCGUCAAGUCUGAAGCCAUCCCUGUCCCAAAUCAGUGUGGUUGUUCCGUCGCCAACUUUAAAACAAAGGCGAGAAAUUGCGAUUAUGAAUCGCAGCUCAAACGUUAAUGGAAUGGACAAUGACAUAUUUCCUACCACCGAUGAAGAGGAUCGAGUCGCCAAGGCAGCCUAUCCUACCACACGACCUAGAGUCAACCGUCGCUCCAUCCCAUUGUCAUUUAAAUCACCCGUGACUCUUAAUCUCCCCUCGCAUGUGGCAAAGUCGAAAGAUCAUCUUUUGAAGCUUCGCCAUACUUUAGAUGAAAAGCUCAAAAGAAUCGAUGGGCCUCCAGUCACUCCCAUUGUCGAGUCUCCAAUGCUUUUGGCAAAACUGGCGGAUAACUUUGAGUUUGUCAACAGUUACCAAUAUCGUGCAGGUGUUGAACGAAUCCCUGACGAUUCAGACUUCAAUAUCGGUUGUGCAUGCCCGGAAGGUCCCGGCUGCAACCCUGUUGAUUGUGACUGCCUAAGCAAAGAAGAAGAUUCGGAGGAUCGUAUUGUGCCAUAUCAGAUUAGUGGAAGCAAUUCCCAACUGAUCGUUGCGACCAAAAAGUUCCUUGAUAGAAAGGCCAUCAUCUACGAGUGCAACUCCCGUUGUGGAUGCACCAGUCGACAAUGCUGGAAUCACGUUGUUCAAAAGGGAAGGACUGUAAGACUGGAAAUUUUCAACACGGGGCCUCGUGGUUUUGGCCUUCGAUCACCCGACUUUCUACACCGUGGCCAAUUCAUCGAUCUCUACCUCGGAGAGGUGAUCACUAAGGCUGAAGCCGACGAGCGUGAGAAUCUUACCGAUGGAUCACACAGCCAAUCAUAUCUUUUUUCUCUGGAUUGGAAUGUGAAGGACGAUGAUGAUGAAGAAGCCAACAUGAAAGUGAUUGAUGGCCGCAAAUUCGGCUCCGCAACACGAUUCAUGAACCAUUCUUGCAACCCCAAUUGCAAGAUCAUCCCUGUUUCCACCACCAACCAUGCCGAUGAAUACCUUUAUAAUCUCGCUUUCUUCGCCUACCGUGACAUAUCUCCUGGUACCGAACUGACAUUCGAUUACAACCAAGGCGAGGAGAAUACCACGCCCCAGAAGAUCGACCCUGAUGCAGUCCCCUGUCUGUGCGGUGAAACUAAAUGCCGCGGACAGUUGUGGCCAAAUAAGCGUAAGGGCCAGGGAUCAAAACCCUAA